AUGGACGAUCCGAAUAGAAUGAUGGCGCAUAGCGGUGGUCUCAUGGGACCUCAAGGCUAUGGUCUUCCUGGAGGCGAAGGUGCUCCAGCUACAGGCGACGGCGAAGCCCGCAAACAGGACAUUGGUGAAAUCUUGCAGCAAAUCAUGAAUAUAACAGACCAGAGUCUUGACGAAGCACAAGCAAGAAAACACACACUGAAUUGUCACAGAAUGAAGCCUGCCCUAUUUUCUGUGUUAUGUGAAAUUAAAGAAAAAACAGUUCUGUCUCUUCGGAACACACAAGAGGAGGAGCCCCCAGAUCCUCAACUGAUGCGAUUAGACAACAUGCUGAUCGCCGAAGGUGUUGCUGGUCCUGAGAAAGGCGGCGGUGCGGGGGCCGCUGCGUCUGCCUCAGCUGCAGCAGGAGAAUGGGGCACUGUGGCCCAAGCAGAUAACGCGAUCGAGCAUUCCGACUACCGCGCGAAGCUGGCACAGAUACGUCAGAUAUACCACCAGGAGCUGGACAAGUAUGAAAAUGCCUGUAACGAGUUCACCACCCACGUGAUGAAUCUGCUGAGAGAGCAGAGCCGUACGAGACCUAUUACGCCUAAGGAGAUAGAGCGCAUGGUGCAAAUCAUUCACAAGAAGUUCAGCUCCAUCCAGAUGCAGCUCAAGCAGUCUACAUGCGAGGCUGUCAUGAUCUUACGCUCACGUUUCCUGGACGCGCGCCGUAAGCGUCGCAACUUCAGCAAGCAGGCGUCAGAGAUCCUGAACGAGUACUUCUACUCGCACCUGUCGAACCCGUACCCCAGCGAGGAGGCCAAGGAGGAGCUGGCGCGCAAGUGCGGCAUCACCGUCUCGCAGGUUUCCAAUUGGUUCGGAAACAAGCGCAUUCGUUACAAGAAGAACAUCGGCAAAGCUCAAGAGGAAGCCAAUCUGUACGCCGCUAAGAAAGCUGCAGACCUGUCUUGGGCGGGCGCGGGAAGGCGCGAGGCGCGCUCGCCGGCCGGCCUCGCCGCAUACAACAGUAAUGUCGCCCUA